CGGCGGGGCGCAGGCUGUGGGUCGACGCCGUCUGCAUCGACCAGUCCAACCCCGCCGAGCGCGGCGAGCAGGUCCGGCAGAUGCACGUCAUCUUUGCCGGCGCACGGGAGGUCGUCGGCUGGCUCGGCGUCCUGGAUGAUCCGUUGUUGAGCUACCUAGGCGUCUCCGGGGAGGAGACGGGCUGGUUCCUGGCGAUUGUCCGGGAGGCCGAGGCGAGGCGGUUUGAUGUGUCUUGGAUGAGAGGGAUGCUGCGCGAGAAUGCGGGGAGGCUGUUCAACCCUCUCAGAGGGCUGCUGGUGAGGGAAUAUUGGAGGCGGCUGUGGGUUGUCCAGGAAAUCGUGCAUGCGAAGCGGGUGAGGCUCAUGUGCGGAUCGACGUCGAUUGUGAUGGGCAGCUUGGUCCGGUUCCUCAACGCUAUUUUUUGGGCAACCUUUGACACACCUGACGAGGAGAUCAGGGUAGCAGCGCUCAAGGGAGUGGAGCUAUUCACGCUGUAUUUCACCCCCCUGCAGGACCAUCUGUCGGCCAUGAAACACAUCGUCUAUCUCGGGAACAAUAAGCGGUGCAGGGAUCUCAGGGACAAGCUGUUCGGCGUCCGGAGCUUGCUGCCGGAGGAGCUUCAGGAGUGCAUUGAUGUGGAUUACUCGGCGAGCGUGGGGGACGUGUAUGCCUCUGCCACGAGGAAGAUCAUCGAGUCGGUCGGCGCCCUGGACGGAAUCCUGUGGAGGCCAUUCCAAUGGGACCAGACUGAGCUCUGUGGAGACUUGGAUAUACCUACGUGGGCCAUCAGCCUGAUCGAGGAAAACAACAUGCCGACGUCCGAAUGCGCACUGGGCAACACCUUCCGAGCAAGCGCUGGGUUUCCGGCCUUCUACAGCUUCUCGGGGCGGCAGCUUGAGACGCGAGGAGUCCGCAUUGGCGUCAUACGGCAGUCUCGUAUGAACAAUCUGGGGCGUGAUCAGAGAAUGGCCUUCCGUUUUAGCGACUUCAUCAAGCACUCGAGGAGCUGGCUUGAGAAGAUUCGGUGGCCCUGUGCUGCGGCAGAUAUCGACCGUCGGACCUACGCCAUGACUCUCCUCUGUGGGGGCUGGCCUGAGCUUGUGGAGCGCGUGGAGAGGAACGUGUUUGGCGAGAUGGAUGAACUUGACGACAUCCAAGACCGCAGGCUUGGUGAGAUGCUGUUGCCCCUGGCGGAGAGAGAGGCGAUGAUCUUUGAGCCUACUCGGGCUGGGUUGUUAAGCGGCCCCUACGCCGAGGAAGGAACGACUUUCAAGUAUAUGGGUCUCACGAGUAACAGGUGGGUAUUUGAGGGUGAUGUCGUUUGUGUGUUGCUUGGGUUCAAGACCCCGGUGAUCCUUAAGCCGGUGGGGGACAAGUACGAACUGAUUGGGGAUGCGUAUAUACGCAUCUACAUGGACGGUGAGGCUAUGGCUGGGUUCAGCGGUGAUGUUGACGAGUUGGAAAGCUUCACUCUGAUUUGACGAAUCGACAGUAAAUAGACUGGGGGUUGUUCAUGAGGCUACAUUAACCAGGCCAGUGCCACACACACCUUGCCAUUCUGUGGGAUUUCCCUCAUCUUGGUCUGAUGCAGAGUUCCAUACUAGGCAAGUCUCUGUGUCACUUUAGACACGAAAGUCUUGGGUGUCCGUGGGGAGAGCAUAAGAGUCACCAACCAUUACGCGGCGUGACAACCCCUCCGAGAUGUCAAGCAUUUCCCAAUGACAACGCCCUGUCCAGCUUAGAACGCAGGUAACGCAUCAUGGAUUUCUUUCCCACAUAAUUCUCAGUGCCUCGUAUGACAAACUACCUAUCAGCUCCCUACGUUCAUACCUUGCUCUUGAGUCGCAUUAUCCUUCCAGGAGUGGAUGGCGUCACGUUUCGCCAUGUCGAUGCCUUGCAUCACUGGAACUGCCAAAGACCC